CUGCAGAAUGAGCUCCUGAACCCGAAGGCAUGGCUGGGUUUCCUCCGAGGCAUCCCGGAUUUGGGAAUUCUGGGAAGUGUUUUCUGAUUGACAACCUGUUGCGGAGCAGCUCGUCACCUGAGGCAGGUGUGUGUGUUCCUGCGCUGAAGUGUGUGUCGCCGGGGGACCGGAUCCCACCAGUUCUAGUGUCUGGAGUCGCUCCUCCCUGCUGUUCUGGACCCGCAUCCGGCACCAGCUCUCCUCUGUUCACUAGGGGCGUGGGGGCGGUCCUGUGGAGUCCCGCGCUGGGCUCCGGGUCCCGGUCAGGAAUCCUGAGGCGAGCCGUGUUCUCCGAGGAGCAGAGACGAGAGCUGGAGAAGACCUUCCGCAAGCAGAAGUACAUCAGCAAGACGGACCGACACAGACUGGCCACUGAGCUCGGCCUAAAGGAGACACAGGUGAAGAUCUGGUUCCAGAACCGCAGAAUGAAGUGGAGGAACUCCAGGGAGAAGGAGAGCGCGUGCACGCGGCCGCACGUGGAGCGACUGGUGCUGUGGAGCCAAUCAGAACCCGCGGACACGACACACGUGACACACGCGACACACACUCACCCGUGCACGAGACCCGAGCGCUGCAAAGAGGAUUCAUCAUGACACACACUCUUCCUCUCUUCAGAGACUCUUGGUGCAAAACAUGGACAUUUUACAAGUGCGAUGAUUUACUGUGGAAAAGUUUAGGUAACUCUUUACAAUAAAUGCAUUCUGACUGACAAUGAGCAAAACAUCCGUU